CUUGAUGCUUUGAGUGGUUCAGAGGGUUGCUUGUUGUUGCUGCCAUUGUUCUUGUUGCCACGGCAGUGACACAAAAAGCGCCAAAAGUUCGCCAAAAACGAAACCUGGAACCAUAUCCGAUAAAAGAAACAAUUAUAAAUAAAUUCAAAUGCAGACACGAAAGUCAAAGUUUCCCACAAAAGUAUAAUAAAUAAAACUUUACAAUAGAACCGAUAAUAAAUAAAUGCUAUAAACAUACGAAGCACACGGAAAAUUAUUCAAAAAAGGUUUUUCACUUAUUGCCAUCAAAAAUAAUCACAAAAACAGCGCAACAAUUUAAGAACGAAACGUUUACGCAACCCUUAGGUCUCCUUUACUUAAAAAACUUACCUUAUCUAAAGCAACAACUUUAAAGUGCAAUUACUUCGUACAGCCACCAAAUAUUCAUAGUAAUUUAUUAAACUAAAUUAUAGUGCUUAACAUAAAUCAAACUUGACUGUCACUUCAACCUCGAAGUGCCACAGACCACGAAUCUCAAUUCACAUCACAAAGUAUCGUAAAUAAACCCACCAAAAUGUCGAAACCCGUACCAAUGCCACACUCCAAUACGGAUGAGGAUCUGAAUAUGUUACGCAAGCCCAUCCCAUUCAAGUUUAGCACAUUUUUAUAUAACUCCGAGAAAGGCACGGUUAUGGGACGAGAUCGUAAAUCAUGGGCUAAGAUCGGCAUCUUCUACAUUGCUUUCUAUGGCGUGCUCGGCGCCUUGGUGGCCAUUUGUAUGUGGGCCUUCUUCCAGACCCUAGAUCCGCGCAUACCCAAAUGGACGCUGGAUAGUUCGUUAAUUGGCACAAAUCCAGGUCUUGGAUUCCGUCCACUGCCUCCGGUGGACAAUGUGGAGAGCACACUGAUUUGGUACAAGGGAACGCAGCAUGAAAACUACAAGCAUUGGACGGACUCGCUGGAUGAUUUUCUGGCAGUUUACAAAGUGCCUGGCCUGACACAUGGUCGUGGCCAGAACAUCUACAAUUGCGAUUACAAUCAGCCACCGCCAAAGGGCCAGGUGUGCGAUGUGGACAUCAAGUCGUGGUCCCCCUGCACAAAGGAGAACAACUACAGCUAUCACAAAAGCUCGCCCUGCAUCUUCCUGAAGCUGAACAAAAUCUAUGGCUGGAUACCAGAGUACUACAACAACUCGAACGAUUUGCCCGAGAACAUGCCCGGCAGUCUGAAGACCUACAUUAGUGAAAUCGAAAAGACGCAGGCGCACAAGCUAAAUACCAUUUGGGUGUCCUGUGAGGGUGAGAACCCUGCCGAUCAGGAGAACAUUGGCGCCAUCAACUAUUUGCCGAUACGCGGCUUCCCCGGCUACUUCUAUCCGUAUCAGAACUCCGAGGGCUACUUGAGUCCACUAGUGGCGGUGCACUUCCAGCGCCCCAAGCGUGGCAUUAUCAUCAAUGUGGAGUGCAAAGCAUGGGCCCGCAACAUUAUUCACGAUCGCAAGGAGAGAAUUGGCUCCGUACACUAUGAGCUCUUGAUCGAUUAAUGUGGACGAUCAGGGGCGUUAUUAGAUGAUAGAGUAGCAGACACUUAACAGUCUGAUAUAUAGAGCAAGAGGAACACCAAAACACACACACUUUUUCUGUCUGCGAGAGGCAUUAACUUUCUAUAAAAAACCAAGAAAUGCAAAUAGAAAGAUACUUUGAAAAACUAACACACUUUUUGGAUAGUCAAAUUUUUGAAUGUAGCUUCUUAUUAUAUACCAUUUAUACCUAUAGACAAAAAGAAAUAUAUAGUCUACCAACUAAGCUGAUUCUAAUAAUUAUGAGCAAUUUUUGCAUUACAAAUACAAUUAACUAAAUUUAACUAAUAUUGCUGAGUGACAUGCAGAGUUUGUGAAUAAAAUUAUUUAAAAAUGAAAAAGAAUCGCAAUUGAACAAUGAAUUGUAUUGCUAACUAACCAAGUACGAAUCUCAUUUACGACAAAUUCUUAACCUGUUAUUGCUUAUAAAUAUAACAAAAUUCAACUGCCAUUUAAAGACGAGUAAGAGGGCCUGUUAAGUAUAUUAAAACGAUUUAAAAUUUAAUAUUUAAUGUGAACUGUUUGACCAAACUUUGCAAACUAAGCUGCUGACCAGAAUUUGGCGCCAAAACUCCUCUCCCUUAAUAAUAAACAAAAAAUUCAAAGUCUACAAAUUUUCAAAUUAAAUCUAAACAUAUUUACAAUUAUAUAUUUCCAAACAACACAAACAACCAAUUUUUGCAUAUUUUUAGAUGUACGUAUUAAAUUUCUCUACAACUACAAAUAUUAAGCAAUGUGAAACAAUCAGAAUGGGAAACAAAAUAAAGUGUUCGUGCAGAUAAUUUGUAA